AUGGAAGCCUCAGAGGGGCAAGGGAAUGACACAUUCAAGCCAUUAGAGGAGGUGGGGAGUGUUCCCUGCUUAGAGAAGAGUUCCAGAACCAUACCUGCUGGAGAUGCUCUGGUCUGUCAUGCCAAGGGCCUGAGCCAGGAUACCUUCAAAAUUUGUAAAGAAUACCUGAGGCCUCUGAAGGAGUCCCUGCGAAAGUUGAGCCUGCCCAAGGACCUUUCCCAGAAGAGGCGGAUAAAGUACACAAAGCAGAGCCUUGAAGCCCUUGGGGACCACAUCAACACCUUCCUGCUGCAUUACUGCCGGGCCUGGGAGACCAAGCACUGGAAAAGGAUGCUCUGGAGGUUUGUCCUCUUCUCAGACCUGGAGUCAAAGCAGCUUUGCCGUCUCUAUAAGUACACCAAAACCAACCAGACAGUCAAGUUCCUAGUUGCCUUCUGUCCCUUGGAUGUACCAGAGAGAUACUUGCCGACCAACCAGGAGGAUAGACUUGCCAGGCUCUGCAGCACCGGGGGGUUGCAUGGAAAUAUCAGCGGUAUGAAGAAGAGGCUGUUCAAGAUGCAGACCCCCUGCCAACAGGCUGGCAUGCUGGAGGAGCCAAGGUCCUCAAAGUACUUCAGAGGAGGUUAUUUAAGGAAACUUCCUCAAAAACUAAAACUGAAGAAAAAACAGAUUAAAGAAACUCUCAGGAGCUACUACUACCUAUGA